AUGAUAAGUUAUUCACAUAGUGACCGGCAGUUAUGUUAUCAAAUUCAUGAACGACUUGUUCAAGAUGGAUUUAGCGUUUGGAUCGAUCGUGAUAAUAUGUAUGGAACUACAAUGAUUGCUAUGGCAGAAGCUAUUGAAAAUUCUGAAUUUAUUCUCAUAUGUAUGUCAGAUACAUAUAAGCAAAGCGUCUAUUGUCAAUCGGAAGCACAUUAUGCAUUUGAACGACGCUGCCAUUUGAUACCACUUAUUAUGAAACAUUGUUAUAAGCCUGAUGGAUGGCUCGGACAUCGUUCAUCAUCACAUCGAUCAAAUAGUGAACGAGAUAAAAAACGUUCUCGACGUUCAUCUAGUCGAGAUAGACAUAGACGUGAUGGAAAAUCAUCAAAAAAACAUUCAAAAAAAAGUAGUAAAUCUCAUCGUACAUCACGAUCAAGAUCUCCACUUCGAGAAAGUUCAUCAACAACUGAUAAAGAACGUCUUGAAGCUGAACAAAAACGUCUUGAAGAAGAAAUGCAAAAACGUAAAAAUCGUAUUGAACAAUGGCGUGCUGAACGUCGAAUAAUGCUUGGUAUUGAUAAAGUCAUGCAACAAUCAAUUGCACAAUCUACAAAAGGUAAAACAUGGUCACUCGAAGAUGAACGUGAUGAAGAUGAAGAAGAUUUACAAAAUGCUGUUAUACCAUCAAUAGAUCUUAAACGUGAUGUUGCUGCAGCACGUGAAACAGUUAUGGCUUCACAAGCAGACAAACAACGAGAAGCUUUAGAACGUGCAGCACAAGCAGCUGCACUUACUUCAGCUGCAUGUGUAAAUGCUGAAAGAAUCGAUGAUGAAGAAGAAGAUCCUUUAGAUAAAUUUAUGGAAGAUAUUGCAAAAGAAGUUAAAAGUUUUCGUGGAACGAAUACUACUAUUAUUUCAACAAAAUCAAAUGAAAAUAAUUCGAAAGCAAUUACUAGAAUUAAACAAGAACAAUUAUCAAAUAAUACUAAAGGAUCAGUUAUUAAAAUUAUUACAAAAACAAUUAAAAAUGAAUCAACUGUUACAUCAACGAAUGAAUCAAAUAAUGGUACAGUACCAACAACAAAUGGUCAUCAUAAUGAUUCAUCAAUUGUUAAAACUAAAUCAAUGGAUACUAGUGAUCAAUCUUCAUCAGUUCCAUCACGUGUUACAGUUCGUAGUGGUGUAGCUAAACGUGCUAAAGAAAAAGGUCUUAUUAUAGAACAAGAUAUUGAUGGUUUAGAAUAUUCAUCAGAAGAAGAAAGUACGAAACCCAAUGAAGAUCUUGAUGAUAUAUUUGCUAUCAGUGUUGUACCUGAAAUAGCUAAUAUAAAAGAAGCCGAAGUCGCCACAUAUCGAGAAGAGCUCGAUGGUAUUAAAGUAGUUGGUAAACGAUGUCCAAGACCAAUAAAAACUUGGUCACAAUGUAUAACAUCCGAUAAAAUUUUACAAUGUUUUAAAAAAUAUAAUUAUGAAAAACCAAUACCUAUUCAAGCUCAACCAUUACCAAUUAUUCUUUCUAGUAGAAAUAUGAUUGGUAUUACUAAAACAGGCAGUGGAAAAACAUUAGCAUUUAUUUUACCUAUGUUUCGUCAUAUAAAAGAUCAACCACCAUUAGAAGAUGAUGAUGGUCCAAUAGCUAUUAUUAUGACACCAACUCGUCAAUUAGCAUUACAAACAACAAAAGAAUGUAAAAAAUUUCCUCAAUUAUUUAAUAUUCGUUGUGUUCCUGUUUAUGAUGGUACAGGAAUAUCCGAACAAAUUGUAUGUUGA